AGGAGAAGUACUUAUAGUCUUGAGCUUAAAGGAAAUAGUGAAAAAUGAAGAGAAACUUUUGUUUUACAUCUUUAAGAUGAAUCUUGAGAGUUACAAGUGGGAAAGAGUUUACUCUAUUGGAGAUGAGAUGUUGAUUUUUGGUCGUGGGGUUACAGUACCUCUCGCUCUUAAAGAUCUUGGUCACGGAAUCAAGAGUGAUUCAAUCUAUUUCGUCGACGACGAAGAUGUUUGGCCAGAUCAUAAAGAUUGGCCAGAUUAUAAAGAUCAUGUAUCGAAUUGCGGUGUCUUCGAUAUUGCCACAAGUAAGAUCGAAUGGCCUAAGAAGAUCUAUUUUUCCGUUAAUAAAACUCAGUGGUUUGUUUGGGGAGUUGCUUAUUAGAGAGGAGGCUAUGGAGUGUAGGAGUAUUCUUAUAUUUUGUUUUUAAUGAAUUCAAGUUUCCCUAUAAUUCUAGUGUUAUUCAAUCAAUUGAUUUUUGAAUUCUAUAUAUGUAUAAAUGUUACC